AUGGGUUCGGUCACAUUCUUCAUCAAGUUGCGCAUCUUGAGGUGUCUAACAUGGCUCCUUGCUUGGCUGGAUCGGAAAAGAAGUCCCGCUUCAUUACUCACUCCGAGCUCCCGAGCUUCCAUCCCAUCGACUCUGUCAAAUUCACCUGGCAAUUUUGAUAUCUUUUUUUACUAUCCCCCUGGUUACACCCGAGAAUCUGCAAAAGAAGCGCAGCACCCCAUUGUCUUUGUCUUUCAUGGAGGAGGCUGGUGUGUCGGAAAUGCUCGCCAUGACGAACGCUUCAUCGCUACGCUUACAGAACGCGGAGCUUUUGUCGUAGCAGUCGACUAUCGUCUCGCACCCGAGCACCCAUAUCCUACUCCCGUGGCGGAUUGCCUUGAUGCCAUACUCUAUGUCUGGAGAAAUUCUGCAGCAAUCGGGCUAGACAAACAUCGCACAGUCCUCACUGGCUUCAGUGUCGGUGGUCAGAUGGCAUUUGCUUCGCUAUUCAUGCUAUGGAAAGCAUUGCAGGACACAGACCCACGAGUUGAUCCUGCGGCAUUGGGCACAGUUCAGGGCAUCACUGCAUUUUAUCCACCAAUGGAUCUGACCAAAUCCAGAGAUGAGCGUGCUGCCUCGAACCCAGCGUUUGUUGCGCUGAAGAAAAAGCCUGCAUCAUCUUCCAAGCUCAUCGGUGACAUCUUUGACCGAGCUUACUUCUGGAAUAUGCAACCAAUGCCAGACAAACAUCAAAUAUACAUCUCUCCGGGACUGGCCCCUGUGGAUGUGAUGAAAAUGGCUUUACCGAACCGGAUCACCCUGAAACUUGCGGGCUUAGAUCCCUUGUUGGCUGAAGGUGAAGCAGCAGCAGCUAGACUGCAGUCCGUGGGAAAGCAAGUGAGCUGUGAGACUAUUGAAAACGUACCCCACUAUUGGGACCACUUAGCGAAGACAGAAGAGGAGAAAAAGUUGCGGCAAAAGGUUUAUGAAAAAGUGGCGAAUGAGAUUGAAAUGUCCUUGGAGACCAAAAAGUGA